ACGACUGUUCCACCAACCAGGAAGCACCAUAUCCCACUAGAAGAGCUCCGGCCUCUCCCAGACUUACCACAGAGCGAGUACAAGGCUGUGAGGCCUGCGAUGCAGAGAAUGCCAAUCGAAGUUACUACUACAACGACUCGUUCGUCAUCCUACCCGAAGGGUAGAGUUGAGUCAUUCGCUGAGCAAAAAGAAGCGACAGAGUCGGGAGGCUUCUUCUCCCCGGCGAUGAGGGAUGAUCAACAGCAAAAAACAAGGAAAUCGUCCGGAGAUGAGAAAAAAGCCACUUCAUCACUAAUCACAGUAUAUGAAGUGACAACACAAGCUGUCAAGAACAGAGAGUCUCAAGAGGAAUGGAAAGCCCCGAUGCCGUGGUGGGCAGCCGUUGUUCUAGGAUUUCUCGUAUCAGUUAUUGCUGCAUGGAUUGUCGUCUUCAUUAUAAGGAAGAAACGAGCACGAGAAGCUGAAACUCCUAAUAGAGCCACUGAAAAAGAAAAAGGGCUCGUCGAUCCGCUGCUAAGAACGUCCGAAGAGAAUUCUCGUCUAUCCGAAAAUUCUCGCAUUUGA